CCCCCGACCCGUGUGGUCUGAGAAAGGGGACGGUCGCUCGAAAUUCGCUGCCUCCUCGGUGGGGACAUCGCUCGGUGUGAAGGACGUGUCCUCGGCUCCGCCGGCGUCCCGUCACUGUUUGAUAAUCUCCUGCCGAUCGGGUGCUUUAGCGUUUGUUCCGCACGGCAGAGGAGGGGUGUGGUCCUCCUUUAAAUCUCGGAGUGCUGCUCCAAAUCCCCUUCUCCGGCUCUAUUAGCUUGCAUUCUUGUCCACCACCCUUUCUCUGCUGCUCCAGCUGCGACCCCUCAGAAAUGGUAUUCAAAAGUAUUUCGUUUUUGGUCCUUUUGUCCAUCGCCGUGAUAAAUGCUGAAGAAGUGAGAAGCAAGUCCAAGAUUUGUGCCAAUGUGUUUUGUGGUGCUGGACGGGAGUGUGCUGUGACAGAGAAAGGUGACCCCACAUGCCUGUGCAUCGAAGAAUGCAAACAUCACAAGAGGGUGGUGUGUGGAAGCAAUGGGAAGACUUAUCGUAACCACUGUGAGCUUCAUCGUGAUGCAUGUCUGACCGGGAUGAAGAUCCAGGUUUCUCAUGAUGGGCAUUGUGAAGAAAAGAAGAAUGACAAGGCCAUAGCCAGCAGUCCAGUUGUUUGCUAUCAGUCAGAUCGGGACGAGCUUCGACGCCAUGUCAUGGAAUGGCUGGAGACAGAAAUUGUUCCCGAUGGCUGGUUCUCCAAGGGCGUCAACUAUACAAACAUUCUGAAUAAAUACUUCAAGAGUUAUGAUGGUGGCGACUCCUACUUAGAUUCUAAUGAGUUCCUGAAGUUCAUCGAGCACAACGAGACUGCUAUCAACAUUACCUUGCGUGUUGAGGAAGACGAGACCAAACUUCUUCGGGGUCUGUGUGUGGAUGCAUUGAUUGAGCUGUCCGACGAGAACGCUGACUGGAAACUCAGCUUCAAUGAAUUCCUCAACUGCCUGAAUCCUGGUUUUAUCCCUCCUGAGAAAAAAUGUGCCUUGGAAGAUGAAACCUAUGAAGAUGGAGCUGAAACUACAGUGGAGUGUAACCGAUGUGUCUGUGCCUGUGGCAACUGGGUGUGUACUGCCAUGACCUGUGAUGGUAACAAUAAGAAAAUCCCUGGGGCGCAGUCACAGGCAACUGAAGAUGAUGUAUUGACUGAAGAGGAAUGGACAAAAUAUGUUCAAGAGCUCAACAAACAUCAGGAGACUGCUCAGAAGACGAAGAAGGCAAAUGUCAAAGACAUCUAAAAAAAAGCCGAGAUUGGCAGAGAAACAAAGUUGAUAUUUUUUUCCCCUCAACAUGUUUCUCUACAUUAAGUCAACCAAAAAAAUACUUGGAACUUCCACAAUCACUACUAAAUAUAUACAUGCACAUUACAAGCAGCAUUUUUUUGGUUUUUUACUGGGGAUGGAGGGAGUCCUUGGUGUUAUUCAUGGUGUUAUUCAAACAGACUUCUUAUAAAUGUACUGUAACUUUAAAAAGAGCUGGCCGUAAAUGAUAUACUGUUGGUUUCAGUUGCUAGCUAUAUAGUCCUGUGAUGGUGGGAAAUAUCUCACACUUCUCUGCAUUUUAAUUACCCACGUUCUUGUGCCUUGCACAUGCAACUAGAAGUGGAGUUUCCUGAGGCAGCACUCCAGAUCAAAAUUGUAGAUAUUAAAGCUCUCCAGCAGUUAAACCAAUGUUUGUAAUUUUGGGUAGAAUGAUGGAAUAAGAUGAAUGAUUUUUUAAAAUUUGAACACACAAAAUGGUGAUCUUAGUCUAAUGUAGUUUAAGGACUUGGAGCUAAAGUUGUGUUGUUCCUUGGUGCUCUUUGACGACCAAAGCUUUCAAAAGACCCAGAAUUGGUGUGUCAGGAAGAAAACAUUUGGUGUUGUAAUCAAAAAUAAUAAUAAUCUAAAAUAUUAAGUAGUCUUUAUAAUAUGUUUAAUACAUAUUUAUAAUGUGGUUCAAAAAACUGCAUGUCUUUGUGAUUGUGGCUGUGCGCCAGUUCCGAAACUUCCCAAUUUCUCUUGUUGGUAAUUCUUCCAUCAUCAAAGUGGGAAGGAUUGUUUUUACUUGACAACUGGAUCAAAUUUACAUUCUUGAGCAUAUGUUAUGAGGUCAGUCUUAUUUUUGUCUUUUCAAGGGGGCCUCUGUCUGUGCAGUGAAGCACCAGGUGGUAACAAGAAACCAGCCACUGCAAGUUUGAGUCCUGUUGAGUCUAAAGAGACUUUGAACUCCAUACAGAGCAAACCUAGUUAACGUGUCAAAUGGCAUCAAUCUCUACCAUUCAGUAAGGGCCACUCUUAAUAUUUUAAAGGCUUCUAUCAUUCCAAGCAAAACUUGAUACAAGUAAGAUCCCAGCAUUACCAGCAGUUAAUGUGAUCGCACAUUACAUGACUUUACUGCAACAUUUGGAUCCUGCUGGAUGCCUUUGGAUGUGGUCUUUGGUAUCUGCCGUUAUUAGGAUUAGAAUUAGUGUCAACAGAAGAUGUUACUCAAAGUUAGAUCCACUCAAGUGGUCUGUAGAUCAUGCAGAGGAAACAGGAUUACAGGCAUGUCUCCCCCAAAAGUUUACAAGCACUCAAUUAACAUUUCAAGAAGGUGCUACAUUCCUUAUUUCUUUUUAUUUUAUAUAUGAAUUUUAUGAUAUAUGCAGCUUUUUUUAAUAACCUGGAGUGUCUUAUUUUUAUUUAAACUCUUGCAUAUUAAAAAGAUCUACAAUGUUGAGCUUAAAAGUUGGAUUGCCUGAGGGUAGAUUGAAAAUCCUGUGCAAGUUGCUGGUGGCAGGGUUUUCUAACCUGGGAUCCCUCAGUUAAUGUUAGGGGUCCAUGAUAUAAAAAAACGUUUGGGAACACCUAUUCUAGUAGGCAUCAACAGAAUGAAACUCCUUUACAUGAAUAUGUUUUGGAACUGCUGAAACCCACUUAUUGAUAAGCCUAUAAAGGCAAAUUGUAUGUCAGCAACAAACAAGAGAGGGUCUGCAGAUGCUCUAAAUCCAGACAACACACACAAAAUGCUGGAGGAACUCAGUGGGCCAGGCAGCAGCUAUGGAAGCUUUGAAGUCCAAAAUGGUCUCGGCCCAAAACAUCAACUGUACUUUUUUUUCCCCCAUAGUUGCUGCCUGGCCCGCUGAAUUCCUCCUGCAUUUUGUGUGUGUUGUAUGUCAGUAAAAUCAUUUGGGAGAUUGUCCAGCAUUAUAUAAAACUGAUUAGAAUAAAAAAAAGUCAAAGUAAGUUUUAUUAUUGGUGUGAAGCAGUGACAUUAAACACUUGUCAUUCUAAAUAUAUUUCACGGCCAAAUCAAGUAUUUUGUUAACAAUGAAUUAAUUUUUCUGGCCUCUAUUCUAGUAUUGAAAGCUAUACUGCACCAUUCAAACAAUAAUUAACAAGGUGAUUUCAGUGACAUUGAUUGCUAUAGAGUUCACCGUGCAAAAAUUAGUGGUGAAGGAAAAAAGCAAAUGAGGUGGCUGAGAACAAUUCCAAAAACCCUUAGAAGUAAUGUGCAGGUUACCCGACAGGUACGAGGAGAGCAGAUCAGUAUCUGCAUGCAGAACCUUUGAGAUGAUCCCAAAGAAUCAAGACCCAUAAGCGGGCAGAUGCUUUAAGUGAGAAAUGUCAUAGUUCACAUUUGACUUCACAAAUUACAGUGGGUAAAUACUAUGACACAGUUUGUUUUCCAUCUUAUCCUCUGAAACUGCUUCAUUGUAUCAAUUAAUCUAAUUAAAUAAGCCAGACAAACCUCUGCUCCCUAAACUUGAUCAAAGAAAUAAAGAUCAAACCCAAAUGAAAUAUUUAAUCACUUUCUGCACCCCAACAUUGGCAUUAGAACAUUAUGAAGUAUUAACUGGUCUGGUUGUUUGCAUAGUGUAUUUCUUAUUUUCACUGUUGUUAUUGUUAUAGGCUUAGACUGUAUUUCUACCUUGAAACACAAGUGGAACUGUGUAUACGCAUCACUGAACUAUCUUAAUAGGUUGCAUUAUCAUAGUUUUUUUGUACUUACCACCAUCUUUGGAUAUCAUGUCAAUAAAUUUUCCAACAAAAUUUUAAA